AUGGGCGCCUGUCUGUCGUCGGGUAAUGUGGUCGAGAUUUCCGAGGAGGACAAGCGGUUGCAUCGCGAGGCGGAGCGAGAACUGAAGGAGGCCAAGACGAAGCUCGCCCACCAAGUGAAGGUGCUCCUGCUCGGCUCUGGCGACUCGGGCAAGUCGACGAUACUUAAGCAAAUGCGCCUCAUACAUCGUGUGGCGUUCUCGUCCCAAGAAAUCGAGUAUUAUCGGCAGCUGGUCUUCAACAACAUCACGCAUGGCCUAUAUGCGCUCCUGGAGGCGAUGGAUGACAUGGAUCUCAAGGUCGCGGACGAGCACCAGGAGUGCGUCCAGCUUGUCGAGAACGCACCCGAUCUCAAGGAUGGCGAGCCCUUCCCGGUCGCAUAUAAGGGACCCUUACUUGCUUUAUGGAAUGACGUCAACGUGAAGAAGGCCUUCGAGCGGGGGAACGAAGCUGCGAUACCUGAGAAUCUUGCAUACUUUUACAGCCAUAUAGAUCGCAUAUUUCAACCGACAUACGUACCGACCGAACAGGACAUAGUACAAACCCGCGCGCGAACGAUCGGUAUCACGGAGACUGCAUUUGACCUUCGAGAUCACGAGAUGCUCAUGGUGGACGUCGGCGGCCAGAAGAGCGAGCGACGGAAGUGGAUACAUUGCUUCCAAGACGUAACGAGCAUACUCUUCUUGGUUAGCCUCAGUGGUUAUGACCAAUGCCUUGUCGAAGAUAAGGAUGCGAAUCAAAUGCAAGACGCAAUGACGAUUUGGGACUCGAUAUGUCAUUCACAAUGGUUCAAGCAAACGUCGAUCAUCCUCUUCCUCAACAAGAACGACCUCUUCGAGCAGAAAAUAGAACAUUCAUCAAUCAAGAACUUCUUCCCUGACUUCGACGGCGAACCAGGAGACGUGCGUGCAGGGCGAGAGUACUUCAAGAAGCGGUUCGCGCGGUUAGCCCAGAAGGCCGGUCGGUCAAAGGAGCGGGAGGUCUACAUUCACAUCACUACUGCGACGGAUACCGCCAUGCUUCGCGUGGUAAUGGCGGCGGUGGAGGAGUGA